CUCAUAAACUUCCUGAAUACAAAGUACAGCUUCAAAAUUCGAUUUUGCCACUUGUGAAGCAACGGUAUUUUGUUUCAAGUUUAAUUUCCUCGUCACGCAAUAAGCUGCUGUUUUAUGGAAAGCUUGAUACAUAAUUUACAAAAAUGGAAUUUACUUUGACGACUCUCACGUUCCUCGUCCUGUGUCAAAUUUGGGAAGGAAAUGGCUGCUCUGGGUAUUGCAAGUGCUGUUUACACGAUAAUUGUGGCAUUGGGGUUGAAGUUGGAGUAAACGGCUGGUAUAAUGUAUGCCUGGAUGGAUGCAAGGACGGGUACCAUCAAGCUCGUUGUAUGAACACAUGUCCUCAAAACUGUCAGACUUGCAAGCAAGCUGAUGGUGAAUGCCUUACAUGUAAACCUGGAUUUCAUGGAAUUCAAAACAAUUGUUUGAGUAAUUGCAUUUACCCAAACUGCGCGUGUGGACAAACAGAUUGCGAUUUUUGCCUCGAUGGAUUUUACCAAAAAGAUCAGUUCUGCACUUUAGCCUGUUCAAAAGGUUGUUAUGGAGGUACAUGCAAUAACGACGGGUCAUGCUUAAAUUGUAUAGCUUAUUUUGAAGGGGAUACAUGUGAUGUCUGCGUUCACGGGAAAUACGGGGCAUUGUGUGAAAAAAACUGCGUUCACGAGAAAUGCGGAUGCAAAAAUGCAACGGAUUGUAUUUCUUGCAAACCUGGAUAUUUUGACUUCAGUACUUUUUGUUCAAAACGGUGUUCCGUGGGUUGUAGGGACAAUUGUGAAAAUAACGGCGUUUGUACGUGUAUCCCGGAGUAUUCUGGAAACACCUGCGAAGAAUGUAAAUUUGGUCAUUAUGGUUAUGACUGCACCACCCCGUGUUCAAAUGGUUGUAUCGAUACUACUUGCAUGAAAGAUGGAACCUGCCAGUGUAUUCAAAACUUUUCUGGAAGCAAAUGUGAAACUUGUGUUGUAGGACAUUAUGGCGAAUUAUGUCAAAAUCAGUGUGGAGGAGGUUGUAUAAACAACACCUGUGACAGAAAUUAUGGCACAUGCGAUUGUGAAUUCAGUUACAAAGGAUCACUAUGCAAUAUGUGUGAGGAUGGUUAUUUCGGAAGUAGUUGCAACUUGCCAUGCCCGGAUAGCUGUUAUAACUGUUCUUCUAUUGAAAACUGUUUCGCAUGCAAAGAAGGGUUUUAUGGUUUAAACUGCUCAUACCAGUGCUCGGCUAGUUGUUUAAAAUCUCGUUGCGAAAAAGGUGAUGGUUUUUGUACAGAAGGUUGUUUGAAUGGAUUUACAGCCGCCACUUGCAAUGACAGAUGUGAUGACAUUUGUAAAACAUGCUCCCAGGCAAAUUCUACACACUGCACAUCAUGCUUCGGUGGAUUUAGCGGACCUGGUUGUAAAUGUAUUCCGAACUGUAAAUGUGAAGUCAACAGUGAAGUCUGUAAUGAGUGCAUAAAUGGAUUUGAAGUGGAAGGCAAAGAAUGUAAAUGUAAUAAGAAUUACUGUUUGAACAGCUCUCUUUGUACAUCGUGCCAGAAUAACACGUUGUAUUCAUUUGAGGGUACAUGUUGUGAAUGUAGCACACAUUGCAAAAGUAAACAGUGCAUGUCAGAGAACCACUGCUUGAACGGCUGUGAGGAUGGAUAUACCGGUGUAGACUGUGCAGAUUUAUGUACAGAUUACGAUACCGAUUGUACAAAAUGUAGUCAGACUGAGAAUUUCUGUGUCCAGUGUAAAAGCGGGCUCACCCCAAACACAGAUGGUGUAUGUGCGAGACCAUGUAGUGAAACCUGUGUCAACAAAGUGUGUGAUGCUAAAACAGGCAUGUGCCUUCAAGGUUGUAUUCGCAACUUUUACGCCGACAAAUGCGAUAUAAUAUGCCCCUCGACAUGCGCAUCCGUACCAAACAAAACAAGAUGUGACAACUAUGGAAGAUGUUUACAUGGGUGUAUUGAAGGAUACAAAGGGGUGACUUGUAUUAAUUCCACAAAGGCGAAUACAGGCAAUUCAUCUGCUGCUUGGAUAACCGGAGGAGCUGUCGGUGGUGCAAGCACAAUUAUAUUUGUGAUUAUUGGAAUUGUUCUGUACAUACAAAGGAGAAAAGAACAAAAGAAACAAUCUGAAAGUGGAAGCCAACUUCAAUUCCGUGACCCUCAUCCGUUCAUUAUAGAAGAGCAGGAAAGGCACUAUCAACAAUUGAGCGAACGACCAUAUAAGACGGCAGGAUCACAAGAAGAAACGUACACUGAACUUGAAACAAACAACACGGAAUACGAGCAGGUGGAUAGCUAAACGUGACAACAUUCCCUCGUUGCUAACCUUUAGUUAAUGAUCAUAUGUUUUGUUUGAAUAUUUUAUGUUUCGUGUGUAUGAACUGAGUCCUAAAAGUUGUAAUUACAUUUUCUAACAUUUGACUGUUUUUAUAGUUUUAUUUGCAAAUCGAGGAAAACAAAACAUACAUAUCAAAUUUCAACUGUAACCAUUAGACUUAAGAAUUCUUAUUUGGCGUUUUUUUUUAUAUCAAUUAAUGCAAUUUGUACUAUUCAAUGCAUCAAUAAGACGUUGUCAAUUAAUAUUAAAUUCUUAACUCGACUCCAACGACAACAAACGCAUGCAUAAUACGCAAUUUUAAUUUCAUCGUUUCUAAAAAUUCAGCGGAUUAAUCUGUAGAAUGAUAUCCAAUAGAGGUUGAUAAUUUAAUGAAAACAUUACAAUUGAACAUUUAGCAUUAAGUUCGUAUCAUAACAUCCUUAACAAAGUAAUAGAAUAAACAACAUUGAUAUGUGUUCCUUAUGUAUUUCUUGAUUUAAUUACGUGAAACGUUACGUCUCGAUACAAAAUCAAAUAAAACAUGUUAUUAUCAUAUGUUUUUAAAAAAGUGUUUCAUCGAUUUUGAAUCAUUCUGACAUGUCAUUGGGUUUAUAUUAUAUAUGUAUUUUAGUGAGUGAGUGAAUGAGUUAUAUUAAAAGAAAUGUAUCCCUCCGCUAAGUAAUGUAUAAACAAACAAUAUAUAUGUUUCUUUUCAUGUUGUGAGAUAUAUGCCUCAAUAAACAUAAGUGUAUUAUUGUUUUUAUUGGUCAUGUCAGGUUAUACAGAUUAAGAAAGUCCUACGCGUAUAAGUGUUUUGAUAAAAAUCAAAAAAUAAUUUUGACAGUUUC